AAUGCAGGUUUUUUUUUGUGCCUAAGGGUAGUAAAUGCACUGCUGACACCCCUUAGUGAUACAGUAGCUACACACACACACACACACAUACACACACACACACACAGUUCUGUAAAUCAGUAGGAGUGGUGAACUUUGCUCUUGGUCUUACACAACUAUGAAAUUUUGCUGACUGUAGAGAAACUGUCAAACAUGGAAAUUCUGUAUGCUGCACUUGCCACUUUGAGCUUGAUUUUUAUGUUGUUUUUUGUCAAGUUUCCUUAUUUCCUGCAUGACUGCGUGUUCGUAAUGAAAACACUCGGGAUCAAGUCAAAGCGCACAAAGUUCCGGAAGAGAGUUCCGUUCUACACUGUGCUCGACUGCUUUCUGGAUGCAGUACACAGACACCCAAACAAACCGUUUAUUAUUUUCGAGGAUGAUGUCUACACAUACCUGCAGGUGGACCGCUGGAGCAACAGGGUGGCACACGCACUGCAUAAACACGCCAACCUGCGAGAGGGAGAUAGGGCCGCGCUGCUCGUGGGCAAUGAACCGAACUUCAUCUUCCUCUGGCUUGGGCUGAUGAAGAUUGGAUGUUCUACGUCACUUCUCAACACCAACAUCCGGGGCAAAUCACUAAUGCACUGCUUCAUGUGUUGUGAGGCAAAAGUGCUGAUUGCGGGGGCAGAGUAUCGCAGUGCAGUGUGUGAGGUGCUGCCAGAGUUGCGUAAACGUGGUGUGUGUGUUUUCCUGUUGUGUGAUAAUUGUGACAUCGAUGGACUUCAGUCUCUGAAAGACAAGAUGGACAACAGUGACGAUGGGCCCGUGAGUCACACGCUGAGAGCUAACAUCACUAUGAGAAGCCCUGCUGUGUACAUCUAUACAUCAGGAACUACAGGUCUCCCUAAAGCAGGUGUUACACUUCACGACCGAAUAUGGACUGGCACUUUCUACCAGGCUCUGUUUGGCGUCAAGCAUGAUGAUGUCAUCUACAUACCCCUCCCCCUUUACCAUGCUGCAGGACUUAUCAUUGGUCUGAAUGGGGCAAUAGAGAGGGGAAUCACAGUGGUGUUGAGAAGGAAGUUCUCAGUAUCUCAGUUCUGGAAUGACUGCAGGAAAUACAAUGUGACGGUGAUCCAGUAUAUUGGAGAGAUCAUGCGCUACCUCUGUAACACACCCAAGAGAGACACAGACCGGCAGCACAAGGUGCGAAUGGCCAUCGGAAACGGACUUCGCGCUGACGUCUGGCAAGAAUUUCAGCGCAGGUUUGGUGUCAAAAACAUUAAAGAGUUCUACGCUGCCUCUGACGGGAACAUUGGCUUCUUGAACUACACGGGGAAAGUGGGCGCUGUGGGCAAAGUGAACUUCCUCCAAAAGAAAUUGUCUGUUCACGCACUGAUUCAGUACGACCCUGAGAUAGAGGGACCGGUGCGGGACAGCAGGGGGCGCUGUGUCCCCAUCCCUACAGGUGAAACAGGGCUCCUGGUGUGUAAGAUCACUGAGAACACACCGUUUGCGGGAUACGCAGGAAAUCCGGAACAAACAGAGAAGAAGAAGCUGCGUAAUGUGUUUGAGGAUGGAGAUGUUUAUGUGAACAGUGGAGACUUGAUGAGGAUGGACCACCAGGGCUUCAUCUACUUCCAGGACCGGGUUGGAGACACUUUCAGAUGGAAAGGCGAGAACGUGGCCACCACUGAAGUGGCUGACAUUAUUUCAGUGCUGGAUUCUGUUGAGGAUGUGAGCGUGUACGGUGUCCAGCUUCCGGGUCAUGAGGGGCGUGUCGGCAUGGCAGCGCUCACUCUAAAGGAAAACAGAGAGUUUGACUGCAAAAAAACUUUUAAUCAUGUCGCCAACUUCCUGCCUGCGUACGCUCGGCCACGCUUCAUACGCAUCCUGAGGACCAUGGAGCUGACCGGAACAUUUAAACAGGUGAAAACGUCUCUAAUGAAGGAUGGAUUUGACCCUGAGAGAGUGACUCCGCCCAUCUACUUCCUGCAGGAGAGCAGCGAGAGCUACGUCCCCCUCACACACACACACUACAACGCUAUCAUAUCAGGGGAGAUUCGCUUCUGAACACACACACACACACAGAACGCACACAUACACACGCACACACACACGCACACACAUACACACACAAACACACACACACACACACACACAUACACACACAGAAUGCACAGAACACAUACACACACAUACACACACACACACACACAUAUAUACACACAUACACACGCACACACACACGCACACACAUACACACAGAACGCACAGAACACACACACAAACACACACACACACACGCACACACGUACACACACAUACACACACACACACAUACACACACACAGAAUGCACAGAACACAUACACACACAUACACACACAAACACACACACACACACACACAUACACACACACAGAAUGCACAGAACACAUACACACACAUACACACACAAACACACACACAUACACACACACAGAAUGCACAGAACACAUACACACACACACACACAGAACGCACAGAACACAUACACACUCAUACACACAAACACACAAACACACACACACACAUACAAAGAACACACUUCCUUCACUAGGUCAAACAGAACAGAGGCCACGCCUCCUUCACUAGGACAGACACAGAGGCCACGCCUCCUUCACUAGGACAGACACAGAGGCCACGCCUCCUUCACUAGGACAGACACAGAGGCCACGCCUCCUUCCCAGUUUCCCUAAUAACAGUAACACCAGUAUUUUUGUAAUAUUGCAGAAUUUUAUCUUUUAAUUCCUAAAUCAUGUUCAUGGUCUCAGAUGCAUGUGGCAUGUUAUGAAAAGCACCAAAUGCAUCAUAAACACCUAAAAACGAACAGUGUGCUGAAAAGGUCAGACAGAAAAUGUGUAAAACUGUGAAGUGAACUCAAGAUUGAAAAAAGGGAAUUGAUUCAAUAAAUUGAAUAAAAUCUAAUAAAUAAAUAAAUCUACUAAAAAAAGAUUUUUUAUUGAAUAAUUGAAUGAAUUAAUAAUCAAUAAGAUUUUUAAUAAUUUAAGUUUUUGUUUUUUUGUUGAUUUCUAUCCAGCUCUUUCAUUCUGAUUGUAGAAACGUGAAUAAAAAAAAACCUGAAUGAAAAAGUCUGAAAUUUGAUAAACGCCUAAAAACAUAACAAAAAAAGGUGUUUUAUUCUUGGCUGAGGUGGAAAACAUGUCUAUGGAUAAAGACGUUAUGUGAAGAAGGAAGAUGGAAACAGGGUUUUUGAAUGAAUGAUGACGAAGGGAAUGAUAUAGAUACAAUGUCUGAACAUAAACAUGGACACUGACGUAAGAACCAACAAGUUUUCCAGAUGUGUCCUUAGAGCAGAAAUGGACUUUGGUCACCUGAUCCAGUUAAUAAUGAACAUUUUUGCUUUGAGAAAAUAUUUUAGUAACUAAACACUUGACACUUUAUCCAGCAGGGGGAGCUGCGAGGAUUUACACAACUGUGACAAAUGGAUUUCUAAUGACUGAGUGUAUAAAUAAACACCUUCACCACACAAUCAUAAAGUUUUUGAUUGAAGAAAGGUGAUCCUUCACACACACACACACACACACACACACACACACAGGCCUGGAGCCAGGUUAAAAUAGUCAGGGGGUUCAUUUUCAACAGGUCACAUGGCUGAAGUAUGAAUGAAGGAGCUUCAACCUGUCAGACUAAAUGUAAAAAAAAAAUUCAGAGGGAAAAAAAUCGCACAUUUCUGCCCCUCAAUUAACAAUAUUACACAAAAAAAAUGUUAUUACACAAAACAGCGUGUGUCAAUAUGUUUAUUGGAUUACCGUGACACAAAGUGCAAUGGUUGUGUAACUGUUAAUAAUUUGUAUAUUAACAGAAUAAUCCUGUGUAUUCCUACUACUAAUAUUUGUUCUAAACUUAAACCUAAAAUAUUUUCCCUAUAUUUUGUCUUUAUUACGUUAAGAUCAAUAACUAUCACCUGUAACAAGAGACAUUAAAGACUGAAACACUCACA